UGUCCAGGUACAUGUAACCUCUUCUCUCAUCUUCUUCCUCCUUGCUGCAACCAGAAGCCACAUCAGCCAUGGAUGAUCACAACCAGUGCCACAACAACAGCCCCAACCUUCGGAGAUCUGUUCCUGACGGCACUGUCACCGAGCCUGUGCGCACCCGAUGGACUCCGAAGCCCGAGCAAAUCCUUAUACUGGAGUCUAUCUUCAACAGUGGCAUGGUAAACCCUCCAAAAGGCGAGACCGUGAGGAUCCGCAAGCUCCUCGAGCAGUUCGGCUCCGUGGGUGACGCCAAUGUCUUCUACUGGUUCCAGAACAGGCGGUCGAGGUCCCGCCGCCGCCAGCGCCAGUUGCAGGCGAGCCUUAUGGCCGGGCAACAAGUCAGCAGUGGAGUUCCACGUGCUUCGACGCCGCCCACCUCGUCGAACACGUCAUCUAGUAACUCUGCCGGAGGAGAAGCAGGAUUGUUUUCAUGCUCUUCUUUUGCUUCUCCUUCCUCCUCUAACUUUAUGAUCGAUGAUAGUGCCGAUGAUCUCUUCUCGAUCUGUCGUCAGAUGGGAUUCAUGGAGAGCACUCAGGAUAUCUCGCAGCUACACUACCAACCCGGAACAGUGAUCGUAUUCAUCAAUGGCGUCCUUAACGAGGUUCCGAGUGGGCCUAUAGAUCUCAGAGCCAUGUUUGGUCACAAUGUGAUGCUUGUUCAUUCUUCUGGAGAGGUGCUACCUGUCAAUGAGCAUGGAAUUCUCAUGCAGAGCCUGCAGAUGGGUGAAAGUUAUUUCUUAGUUACGAGGCCUACUUAGUGUGAGUUCAGUUGUAGUUCGGAGAAGAAGAAUGGGUUCAGAAAAUUGAAUGAGAAUACAUGAUGAGGUCCAGAGUUUGAAGCUUAAGGAGAAGCAGACUGUGUGCUGAGAGUUCAUCAUUCUGAACUAUCAUCAUCAUUUUAUGCAAACACCUUUGUGACAGAAACUGACUGUUGCUUUGCACUUGUUUCGAUCAUGGUUUUCAGGGGGAAUAAAUGAGGAAUUCAUUGCCCUUUUGGCAGAAUA